AUGUCUUCCUCUCAUCAAGACAAAAGAAAAAUGACUCUAAAUUAUCAUUAUCCAUUUGCAGCAGCCCCAGAUAUCAUUCGUUCCCAUCAGAAGGAUAUAUACUUCGAAGGAGUCCUACUCAAUCACCUAUCGGCAGUCAUACGACACCUCUAUGGGGCCCGUUUACUUCAUACCUAUGCCCAUCAAGCAAGAGCUUUUUCUAGCUUUCUAUAUUUAGGACUAACUACACUUAUUGGAAAUCGGACUCUUGGAGAAGAGUACUGCGAUAUCGUCCAGGUUGAAGAUGAUACUCUCAGACUACCAGCAAUAGGGAGACGGGCAGGAUAUAUAAUAACAAAUAUCUUGCUGCCAUAUGUUAUAGGUAAAUUACUACCAAAGUUUCGUUCUCGUAUUCAAGCAAAGUUUGAAUCAAAUCUACAUCAUCUGACAAUAAACGAACAAACUAAAGGUUUAAGCUAUAAGAUCCAGACUUAUCUGCAAGAAAAUAUGAUUGCUAUUACAUCAACAUCAUCCGUUCAUGCUAUUAGUCUCACAAUAUUUUAUUUUACUGGGGCUUACUACCAGCUUUCUAAAAGAAUCUGGGGACUGCGUUAUAUAUUUACCAAGCGCAUUACGCCAUCCGAAGCACGCGUUGGAUAUGAGGUAUUAGGAGUGCUACUCUUUUUACAAAUCAGUGUACAGACAUGGAUUCAUAUCCGAAAUACAUUGCAAAAAUAUGCACCUUCAAAUGCUGCCGAAGAUACAGAUGAAAUUCGCUCAAAUGCUCCGAUUUUGGACCCUCUGAACCCAACUCAAAUCAGUCCACUCCUAUCCAACUUGAGCUCACACAUUCAACCCUCUCUCAAUUCGGUAUUGAAAACACACAACAUAAAAAAGCUUGCUGGACCAAGAUACGACCUAAGAAAUUCAGAAAUAAUGCCUUGGAUCAAGGAUCAAAAUAGAAAGUGCACGCUCUGUUUAGAAGAGCUAACUGACCCAAGUGUAGUUAGCUGUGGGCAUAUGUUUUGCUGGCUAUGUAUCGCGGAUUGGAUCAAAGAAAAGCCUGAGUGUCCACUCUGUAGGCGAGAAGUUGAGAUGCAACACGUCUUACCGCUGCAGUGUUGA